AUGGCAAAGUUAGAUACUACUAAUAUACAUACAUACAUUUCAAUAAAUUAUCGACAAUUCUUAUUCCAGGAACCAACACAAUCACGAUUACCAAUGCCAGGCGUAUCCCGCAUUCCGUUACCUGGUUUAAUUCGACCACCAUCCGUUAUGCCUUUGAUACGACCUUCGCAACUGAGAGCACCAUCAGCGUUCACUAAAACUCGGCCUAUGUCCUUUGGCGGCCUGAGACCGCCUGCAACACCAUCUUUGGCUCUUAAGAAAUCUUCAUCUGGUGAUCGAAUAAAUACAAUUAAUUCAACAAUGAAUUUGGUUGGAAAGAAAACAACAACAGUCCUAAAAAAAUUCUUUACAAAACCGACAGAUGCUGUGCAAACGCCUCUCCGAAAGGAUAACAAGGCAGUGCCGCCCAAACAUGUCCAAAAUGAAACUAUGACCAUAGAAAAUACUCCCAAGCCUCUUACAAGGUCGGAAACAUUUGUACGCACAAAUAGCCCAGAAGCAACACCGAUGCCGGUCAUCGGUGGAGAUUGCCGAAUGGCUAUAUGCGAGAGUACACCUCUUAUCGGGCAAAGCAAUAAGCAGGGAUUGCAUGUAACCCAAACAUUCGACUGUACUUUUAAUGCCCCUCUUCCAUCUGGCCAAGUUCAAAGGAAGCAUAAUUUCGAAAGUACCCGACUAUCCACAAUGGGCUUUGGCCAUACCAUGGAUAUUGACUCUCCAAGAAGCAGCACUCGAAUGUCCAAUAUCGGUUUCGGGCAAACCAUAAAUUUGGAAUCGACAAGAAAUCCGGCUGAUAAUAACAAAGACAAAGUAGACGAUGCUACACAGGUGUUGUCGAAGCCUAAGCGAACACUAAACAAGACACAUAGUAUCGAAGAACUAAAUCAUAUGUCGACAGAUGCCACCCAUACUAUCGAUGAUGGAAAAGAUGCUAUCAUGACUUCACCGAAAAAUGACUCUAACUCCCGAAAUAAAACUAUAACCUUAGAAGACCAUGAAGAGAUUGAAGAUCUUGCGAAUAGAACUAUUGAUGGCGGCGUCAAGAGUGUGGACGAUAAUGGAUCCCGAACACCGGCCUCAAAUGCCACUUACUCAAACCCGGGUUCAACGGAGAAUCUCUUGCUCCUCGAUGACGUCUCCAUUCCGUCUGGUUUUGAAGAAGCUGUCGAAAUGGAUGCCAAAGCUAAUUUGAUGGCUAAAUUUAAUAAUACUGACCUUUUGGAUUUGACCAGUGAUAAUUUAGAUGAUACUUUAAAGGCGCUGGCGCCCAGCAAAGCCGCGAUGAAACUGCCCCUGAAUUCAACAAUGAAUACCGAACGUUUAUUGGAUCUGACACACAAUAUGACUACGCCCGCAAAACACAUGCAACUGCUCAACUUGACUAAGGACUACAUGGACACCCCAAAUAUGCUGAACAACAAGAAUACAACUCAAUUACUUUAUAUGACCCAAGUGUCAACAUCUUGCAUCACAACCCCCGACCGAAAUAGCAAAAAGGUUAUAAAUCCACUCUACCAACUGACGCCAAUUCCUCACCAUCUACUGUCGCCACUGAAGCUAAAACAGGCCCAGAGCGAUUUAGUUCUCCCCACGCGAACGCCAGAUGAAGGAAGUCCCGAAGAACCUAUGGAUGUGGACAGUACAAUGAUAGCAGUAGCAGGCAAGACCGAAGAGUUCUUCCAGCAGGCUCAAAACCAGCAGUCGGCAACGUCUUUGCAGGACGUUAACAAUCCUAAUAGUAACCAAAAAGGUCGCUUCUCAUUUGGUCUGGAUCUGACGGAAUCCACGCUGGAUUGCUCCAUAGAAUUGGUGGACGUUUCACUUUCGUCUACCGCCAUAUCCCAUCCAAGUAACAAUACCGUCAAUAAUCUGAGCACAUCGGUUUCUUCGCAACAAUUACUAAAGAAACAGAACUCGUUUGACAUGGACGAAAGUCUGGGCAUACUCACGCCCGAUCAAAUGAAGGAGUUCCUUGAUUCGACUGCCACCAACAACACUAACAAUAAUUUGGAUAUUCCUUUAAUGUUCAACGUCUCGAAUAGUUUCAAUCACAAAUUGGCAAUGCAUCAGAUGCGCAUCGAUCAAACACCGUCGCCCGAGGAAUUGCCACUGGACCCAGUUGAGGUAAAGACUGAUAUUAAUGAAAUGGUGUUGCAACAUCAACAACAUCAAUACCAGCUGCAACAACACCAGCAGCAGCUGCAGCAACUUUCGGUUGAAGAGUCAAAUCCCUUGCAGAAUCAGUGCAUGGAAUCACUGUCUUUGCUCUCGGAAACAGAGCCGUCAAAAAGUGAAUCAAUUACGAAAUCCACUGUUUCCAAAAUUUCGACUAGCUUCAUUACAAGUGUCACCAGCGUUACAAGUCUGGAUACGGGCUACCAGGGCGAUGGCGAAAUGUCCAGACCCGCGUCAAGGGGCGCAUGCGAUCAUUCACCAUCCAAUGGUCCUUUGCGGAAGGGUGUUUCUCGCCAGCCCAGCUUCAACCAACAACAAGGACAGGGACAAGCGCCGGUGCGACGACAAGAUCCGAUGACGGAUUCUGACUUCUUCACCGAAUCUGAUGCCGAUGACAUUUUCCAUAGGGGUGAUCGCCGUGCGCAGGUAAUCGAUGGCCAACUUUAUGGACCCAUGUUGCAGCCAUCGGCCUCUGUCUUUAUUUCGGAGGAUCCUCAAAUGGAGGACUCAUGCAUGGAAUCUUCGGGGAUUUUUACCGAUGUCGAAAAUCGUGGUGACGAGGACCUAGCUCAAAUACGACGCCAAAACACGCACGACGAAACACAAGAUCUUUCUCCUGAUCUGGAAUGCGACGCCGAUUCAACAGAGACGGUAAGAAGCAACCGUGAAUCGUCCAAGAAGUUGCAGCAACAACACGGCGGCAGCGAGAAAAUUACAACCAGCACAUCAACCACCUCAGUGCAUUCUCAUGGUCAAGGUCAUUUGAGUAGCAGUCAAACAUCAUCCACCAUCCAAAGCAGUAUGAGUACUGAUCGUCUCUCGGCGGCAACGCUCUCUAAUCGCACAUCGUACUGCAGUGUGGAUGGUGGCGGUGGUGGCAUAGUUGGAGCCAACGGUGUUGUGGAAUUCAAAAGUUUCUCCUCUCUCGACGAAGCUUUUGACGGCGACGAGAACAAGCAGAACCACAUGCCGGCUAAACUCAUGAAAAGCUCCACCACAUCCACAACUUCGUGGUGUGAGCAACCACCGAGCCACAAGCAUUUGACGGCAGUUCAGAACAUAACUUCACCGCGUAAACAACAUACGUCGUUAACGUCGCUCUGCAGUGCGGAUCACACAACAACAUCACCGGCAUUCGUACAUUGCCAAUCAAGUGCUCAGUCCAUAACAGAUUCGGAUCGCUCGUUUUCAUGUGCAACCACGACGCACUCGAAUGCGUCCAACCUCUCCGCCAAAUCCGCACCUAAUGCUGGCAAAAAACAAACAAAAACCGCAAAUCAAUGUUCGCCGGGAAAAUAUACGCCGCGUUCGAAAACAACAAUAACAACAACCGCAACACCAAAAAGUGCCAAAUCGUUCAAGCAAUCGCCCAAUAGUGGCGGCAGUGGGGGCGCCAAACAUAACUCGCCUCUCGCCGUGCGUAAAUACCAUCACUCGCCCAACAAAUGGGAUGCCGUUAUGAAUCAAAUUGCCAACAAUAAAGCUCACAUUAGGAAGAAUUACAGUGAUGUGAAAUCAAAAGUGUCUACCCGAAUAUCGGUGGGUGUCGGGGGUGGUGCGGGCGGUGACGGUAGUCGCGGCCCAAAUGCCGUAAACGGUUCCGGAUCGUCGACGAGUAUUUCGCCAACUGUACGUCGAUCGCCAACCAAUAAUUUGAAUCGUAAUAUUAAUUCUAGCAUUAGCAAAAUAUCAAAAUCGCAAUCGCCGGAGAUACGAGGAGGGGCAAACACUAGCUCAUCAUCGCCAUCACCAAAAGCAUUGGAUAACAAGCGUCUGAUACAAAAUGUCAAUCGUGGCCGUUCAUACAGUAAAGACAGCCAGAAGAGCUCCCAAAGCGAUUUAAGCUUUGCGAGUGGAGCUGGCAGUGGUGGUGGUAGUGCUGGUGGCAAUACUGGAUCUCCUAAACUUUUGGCUAAAACUCCACUGA